UGAGAGCGAGCCCUCAAUUCACCGCAAUCCCAAGUAUUUUAUGUGAACCCCCAACGCCCAAAUGUGUCCCACCCAAACACGCCGCUGUCAACACCUCCCCCACCACUAAAAUUUUUGAACUGGAUUACGGUGACACCCAAGGAAAGAAUUAAGAGGCCAUAAUUCAGUGGCAGGGAGGAGAAAGAAGAGAGUUGUGUUGCAUCAACUCUGUGUCUCUCUUCAUCUCUGCGGAGCUGCAUUUUCAAGCUGUUGUUGAUUUUUUGUUUGUGUGGUUUUGGGUCUGAAUUUUUGUGGGUAAUCGGGCUGGUUUUUAUUGGAAAUGGGGGAGCAGAAGGGGAGCAAUAACCGGUGGAACUGGGAGGUGGCUGGGUUCGAGCCAAGGAGAUCGGUGGAGCAGCGGGAUGAUUACAGGAGGGCCUCGGUGGCGCCGUCGUUGGGGCGGCGCUACUCGAUGUCCAUUUCUUCGCAUUCCGAGCUCUCCCAGCACGCCGUGAGCUCCAAGCUCAUGCGAUUGAAGGACAAAGUCAAGGUUGUCAGAGAAGAUUACUUGCAGUUGAGACAAGAAGCUACGGAUCUUCAGGAAUAUUCCAGUGCAAAGCUUGAUCGUGUCACACGUUAUUUAGGUGUACUUGCUGACAAGACUCGUAAGCUAGAUCAAGCUGCCCUUGAAACUGAAGCUAGAAUUUCUCCGCUGCUAUCUGAGAAGAAAAAGUUAUUUAAUGACUUAUUGACUGCAAAAGGUAAUGUAAAGGUGUUUUGUCGUGCAAGGCCACUUUUUGAGAAUGAAGGUCCAUAUAUUGUUGAAUUUCCUGAUGAUUUUACCCUUCGCGUAAAUACUGGGGAUGAUAGUCUCUCCAAUCCAAAAAAGGAUUUUGAGUUUGACAGGGUUUAUGGACCUCAUUUUGGACAAGCUGAUCUUUUUGCUGAUGUUCAGCCUUUUGUUCAGUCAGCAUUUGAUGGAUAUAAUGUUUCAGUAUUUGCAUAUGGGCAAACCAGCUCCGGAAAGACGCAUACUAUGGAAGGAUCUAGCCAUGAUCGUGGUUUAUAUGUUCGAUCAUUUGAGGAGCUUUUUGAUUUAUCCAACUCAGAUGCAACUUCAACUUCUCGAUAUAGUUUCUCGGUUUCCGUCUUUGAGCUUUAUAAUGAACAGAUAAGGGAUUUGCUUCUGGAAUCUGGAAAUAUUCUACCAAAGGUCUGUAUUGGGUCGUCAGACUAUGUUGUGGAAUUUGUCCAGGAAAAAGUUGAGAAUCCUAUAGAGUUCUCCAAAGUCCUCAAAGCAGCAUUCCAGAAUCGAGGGAGCGACACCUUGAAGUUUAAAGUUUCCCAUCUGGUUGUCAUGGUUCAUAUAUACUAUAAGAAUGUGAUCACGGGUGAGAACAUAUAUAGCAAGCUUACUCUAGUUGAUUUGGCUGGAAGCGAUAGUAUAAAUGUAGAGGAGGAAGCUGGUGAACAUGCAACAGAGUUUUUGCAUGUCCUAAAAUCCCUCUCAGCGUUGGGUGAUGUUUUGGCUUCUUUAACCUCUAAGAAGGAUAAUAUUCCAUAUGAGAACUCAGUGCUAACAAAAGUUCUUGCAGAUUCAUUAGGUGGAAGCUCCAAGACGUUGAUGGUUGUUCAUAUCUGCCCUAAUAUGCAAAACAUGUCUGAGACAAUAGCAUGCCUUAAUUAUUCGGCUAGAGCGCGAAAUGCUAUGUUGAGCCUUGGGAAUCGAGAUACAAUCAAGAAAUGGAAAGAUAUUGCCAACGAUGCACGUAAAGAAUUGCUUGAAAAAGAAAAGGAAAUAAGCGACCUGAAGUUAGAAAGUAUGGGACUAAAGGAAGAUUUAAAGCGUGCAAAUGACCAAUGUGUUUUACUCUACAAUGAAGUUCAGAAAGCCUGGAAAGUUUCUUUCACAUUGCAGUCAGAUUUAAAGGCAGAGAAUAUAAUGCUUGCAGAUAAGCAUCAGAUAGAGAAGGAACAGAAUGUGCAACUCCGUAACCAAAUUGCUCAGUUGUUGCAAGUAGAGCAAGACCAGAAAUUGCAAAUAGAAGAAAGGGAUUCAACAAUUCAAAUGUUGCAGGCCAAACUGAGGAAUGUUGAGUCACAAUUAAAUGAAGCUCUUCUUUCCAAUGAGACUGGGUCAACAAAUGGCUCUGGACCACAGACUGGAGAGCAAACUAGCAACAAAACUACAGCUGAUGACAUGGAUUCUACUGCAGUUACCAAGAGGCUUGAGGAUGAACUCAAGAAACGGGAUGCACUUAUUGAGAGAUUACAUGAAGAGAACGAGAAGUUGUUUGACAGAUUGACUGAAAAAGCUUCCUUAGCUGGAUCGCCUCAGGUGUCAAGCCCAUCUCCCAGGGGGCCACUUACUCAGUCUCGCGACUUGGGAAGGGAUGAUAAUUCUAUCGCCAAAGGACGCCUGGGUGAUGCUGUUCCCUUACCUUUAGCCUCUGAAAAAAUAGAGAGCUCAGUUGCAUUGGUUAAAUCUGGUUCUGAUAAGGUGAAAACUACGCCAGCUGGUGAAUAUCUUACUGCUGCUCUGAAUGAUUUUGAUCCCGAACAAUAUGAUAGUCUUGCUGCGAUCUCCGAUGGUGCAAACAAGCUUUUGAUGUUGGUUUUGGCUGCAGUCAUUAAAGCAGGUGCUUCUAGAGAGCACGAAAUACUUGCUGAAAUAAGAGAUGCUGUUUUUGCCUUCAUCCGUAAAAUGGAGCCCAAAAGGGUGAUGGAUACCAUGCUUGUUUCCCGUGUUAGGAUUCUGUACAUUCGUUCCCUACUUGCUCGGUCACCAGAGCUACAAUCAAUUAAGGUUUCUCCUGUUGAGCGCUUUUUGGAGAAGCCUAAUAGUGGACGUAGUAGAAGCUCUAGCCGUGGUAGCAGCCCCGGAAGGUCUCCAGUGCGCUAUGAUUCCAGCACAAGGAAUAUGCUGGUUGAGGACCAGAUUCAAGGGUUCAAAGUAAAUAUAAAACCAGAAAAGAAGUCGAAGUUGUCAUCAGUGGUCCUGAAGAUACGCGGAAUUGAUCAGGACACGUGGAGACAGCAUGUAACAGGUGGAAAACUCAGGGAAAUAACUGAGGAAGCAAAAACUUUUGCAGUUGGGAACAAGGCACUUGCAGCUCUCUUUGUUCAUACUCCAGCUGGUGAGCUCCAGCGACAAAUCAGAAAUUGGCUUGCGGAGAACUUUGACUUCCUUACUGUUGCUGAUGAUACAGUACCUGGAGCAACUGGUCAGCUUGAGCUUCUCUCUACUGCAAUAAUGGAUGGUUGGAUGGCUGGACUGGGUGCUGCCCAUCCUCCAAAUACUGAUGCUCUUGGCCAACUUUUAUCUGAAUAUGCAAGGCGUGUUUAUACUUCUCAACUGCAACAUUUAAAGGAUAUUGCAGGUACUUUGGCAACUGAAGUGGCGGAAGACUCUGCACAAGUAGCUAAGCUGCGUUCAGCUCUUGAGUCUGUUGAUCACAAGAGAAGAAAGAUUUUGCAACAAAUGAAAAGUGAUGCAGCAAUGCUGAAUUUGGAAGAUGGUGCUACACCCAUUCGAAAUCCAUCUACUGCUGCUGAGGAUGCAAGACUUGCAUCAUUAAUUUCCCUCGAUGGCAUAUUGAAGCAAGUCAAGGAUAUAACGCGGCAAACCUCUGUUAGUGUUCUCAGUAAGAGUAAGAAGAGAUCAAUGCUUGCCUCUCUAGAUGAACUUUCAGAACGGAUGCCUUCUUUACUUGACGUUGACCAUCCAUGUGCUCAAAGACAUAUCGCAGAAGGUCGACAUGCUGUUGAGUUAACUCCGGAGGAGGACGACAAGGUUGUUGAUGCAACACGUGCUACCAAACUUCUUGGAGACACGCCAUAUGGUGUUGAAACUGAUGUAGCCCAGUGGAACGUUUUGCAGUUCAACACGGGCUCAACGACCCCAUUCAUCAUUAAAUGUGGUGCCAACUCGAAUUCUGAACUGGUCAUUAAGGCGGAUGCACGAGUCCAGGAACCCAAAGGCGGGGAAAUCGUCCGAGUCGUUCCAAGACCAACUGUUCUGGAAAAUAUGAGCCUUGAUGAGAUAAAAGAGGUCUUCACUGAGCUCCCCGAGGCUCUAAGUUUGCUUGCUCUUGCUAGGACAGCAGACGGAACCAGAGCUCGUUAUUCUCGAUUGUACAGAACUCUGGCCAUGAAGGUUCCCGCACUGAGGGACCUAGUCGGUGAACUUGAGAAAGGGGGAGUACUAAAAGAUAUGAAAUCGUGAUUAAGUCAAUUCUCAAGAGAGAGACCAAGUGUAUAUCUCAUGCCCCGUGUUGUUGUUUUUACCUCAAGGCCUGUAGUAUAUUGUUUCAGAGCUUGUCGGAAAAAUCUGGACAUGUAUUUUUGGUGUAAUCUUGCCUUAGGACAAAGAUUUCUUAGAAAUGUUUGUGCUUCCUUUGCUAGUAGUAUUUGGUGUUGAUUGUAAAAGGCUAUGAUUGUUGCUAUGUUACACCAAUUUUGUGGAGUUCAUCUGUAAAUACUACUGUGUUGUAAAUUAUGUCUCUCCAAUUUGCUCUUUUCUUAUGUACAAGUAAAGCACAUGCACAUUCCGCGUGAUGCA